CUUCCCGCCAUGAAGUCGAACCCAAAGUUCAUCUUCUUCACCGACUUUGACGGCACAAUCACCCAGCAGGACAGCAAUGACUUUAUGACCGACACAAUUGGCUACGGUCAAGACAAGCGCCGUGAGGGCAACAUUGCCUGCCUGAACGACAGCAUCUCCUUCCGCGACUCAUUCCAGGACAUGAUGGACAGCGUCACCCGUCCGUACGACCAGUGCAUCCAGUACGUCGUCGACAACGUCAAGCUCGACCCCGGCUUCGCAGAGUUCUUCCAGUGGAGCUUGAAGAAUAACAUCCCUGUGGUUGUCCUUAGCUCAGGCAUGGAGCCCAUCAUCAAAGCGCUGUUGAAGAAGCUGGUCGGUCCCGACGCCGAGAAGAUGCAGGUUCUCGGUAACCAGGUUGGCCCCAGGGACGGCAAGGACAUCAACGAGGAGGGUGGCUGGACCAUUCUCUUCAGGCACCCCGAGUCUGGCUUUGGACAUGACAAGUCCAUCGAGCUUAGGAAGUACUCUUCUCUUCCCGAGGACCAGAGGCCCACCAUGUUCUACGCUGGUGACGGUGUCUCAGAUCUCUCCGCUGCUCGCGAGACUGAUCUGCUGUUCGCCAAGAAGGGACACGACCUGAUCAACUACUGCGCGCGCGAGAACGUCCCCUUUACAGUAUUUGAGGACUGGACAAACAUCCUGUCCAAGUGCAAGGAGAUCGUCGAGGGCAAGGCCACCGUACAGGAGGCCGCCAAGGCAGGCUUCGAGGCUUACAAGAGUGGCGCCGCCGGCGUCAACGUCAAGGAGGCUACCAAAUAGAUGUGAUUUGCAUAUAGACGAGUAUCAGAGGACAUAGAGGAUGCAUUUACGACAUAGAGAUUCCCGGUAGAUUUACACACCACAUAGAUUAAGACAUUUGCUAACGGCUCUAAUCGGACGCAUACCGACGAGUUGAAAGCGAGCAUCAAUUACACUAUCCUAAGCUCGCCAUCUCCGCUGCUAACAUUGUCAGCGAACUCACCGCAAAACUAGGACUUUUCACCAAUUGUCUGCGCGGAGUUUGCACUACAUGCAAGUCAGCACCACAUCGGUCGUCAGCCCUAUCCAUUAUUGCCUAGCGAGCUGCAGAAACCCCCG